ACCGCCGACCCCCACCAACGCCUUCCCCUCCCCGGGCUACGCGUAGCAGCACGCCUCCACUCCGCUGGAUCCCCACCCCCCUCGCUCGGCCGCUAGAGGAGACGCCGAGCCGGAGCUAGCUGGCGCAGGCUGUCCUCAUGUUCCAAAAGUCUCGUCCCAUGUGACCCUCCAAUUCCCACCCCCGUCUCCAUCCCCUCGCCCAGCACGAGCUACCCGGGGGGGCAGGACGGUGGUGAGGGUGUAGUCUAGCUAGCCACUGCUGCACCACUAUAAAACAAAAACUCCGGGCGCCGGCGCCCAUCGCAAGAGCGAGCGCGCACUGGCGGCGGCGGAGGCUGAGCUAGCUAACACAAGAGCUGGGUCACUCGCUGCCGGGCGGCGUGCGCAUUGCCCGCCAGCUACCGCGGGGUUCUGCGGGCGGAUCGCCCGGCGGCCGUGUACCUGUAGCGCACGCACAUGGCUCAGCUGCCGCCGAGGAUCCCGGCCGCGGUGCACCAUUGGCCGGAGGGGGGCCACCAUGGGGCCGCGGCGUGGGCCGACGACUUCGCCGAGUUCGCGGCGUCGCGGCGGGGCGCGCAACGCAGGUCGCUCAGCGACUCGGUGGCCUUCGUCGAGGUGGCGCCCGCGGACGGCGGGGCCGGCGAGUUCGACCGCCUCGACGACGACCAGCUCAUGUCCAUGUUCCCCGACGAGGCCGGCGGCGGGUCGUCGUCCGCGCCGGGGUCCGAGAACGGCGGCAGCAGCGACAGCGACGGCGACAAGCGCGGCGGCGGCGCCCCCGCGGGCGGCGCCACCAAUGGCUGCGAUGACGAGCGGAACGAGGCCGCGGACGCGCAGGCGCCUGCGACGGGGCAGGCCGCCGCCUCCACGGAACUGAUCCGGGACCCCAAGAGGGUGAAGAGGAUCCUGGCCAAUCGGCAGUCGGCUCAGAGGUCGCGGGUGCGGAAGCUGCAGUACAUCUCCGAGCUCGAGCGCAGCGUGACGACCCUGCAGAACGAGGUGUCCGUGCUCUCGCCGCGGGUGGCAUUUCUGGAUCAGCAGCGGACGAUCCUGACCGUCGGCAACAGCCACCUCAAGCAGCGGAUCGCGGCGCUUGCGCAGGACAAGAUCUUCAAGGAUGCUCAUCAAGAGGCGUUGAGGAAAGAGAUCGAGAGGCUGCGGCAGGUCUACGAGCAGCAGAACCUCAAGAUGUCAGCCGGCGCUGGGGCUUCUGACCACGGGCCGCCGCCCCCGGUGCGCGCAGAGAAAGAGCUCAUGAGCUAGCUCAUCCAUGCCUGUCCGCUGUGCAUUAACUUGGAGGGAACACUGCAUCAUGAUUUUUUUUUCAGAUUCUGUGGAUGUUUUCUUCAUUUCUUCUUCUUCUUCUUCUCCUCCUCCUCCAUUGACAUGUGCAUUAAUUCUUUGUACUUUAAUUUGGAUUGGUUUAGUGUGCAAAUUGUGGUAAAGUCGUCAGGAAAACUGAAUUUUCAUGUAAAUCAUUUUUGAAGCAGUACAUCUCUGGUAAUCUGGAUAGCUCUUGAUUUUCUCUA